AUGUGUGGUGAGGCUGUGGAGACCCAGCCAGCACCGGAGCCUCUUCCUCCACCAGAGGUGAGGGACACUGGAGAGAAGACAGAUCUGGACCGUGUGCUGAAGCAGCCUCAGGAGCCAGUGGUGGCAGCAGGGGCCCAGAACCUGGGGAGCCCCAGACACGGCUUCAUGAAGUGCUUGCUGGAGGUGGAGGAGGAGGCCACCCAUCGGAGGGCCACCAAGGCCUGGGCCCUGCCAAACCGGAAGGCCCCGAGGACCCUGAUGCCUGUGUCCACCUCCGCCCAGGCCUGCCUCUGAGCCUGUCUUAGACCCCCGCCUUGGCCCCUGCCGUGGUCCCACCCUGGGCCUGGCUGCCAGCCCCUGCCCCCGUGGGAGCCCUGCCCUCUGGCCUCAGCGCCCAUCACAGCCCUGUUGGCCCCCGCCCGGGACCUGGGCUGGAGAAGUGCAGAGCUCCUGCACCAGAGCACAGAGAGGAGCCGGAGCUCCACCAGGCACACGGCAGAGGAUGCCAGGCAGGAAGGUGGUGGGAGGGAUGGGAUGAAUGGUGAAAAUAAGAACGAUCCCAGCUCACAUGACCCCACCGCCCACCCCAGCUUCCGCAGUUACUUUGCCAUCGUCAGUGGUCAUGGCGAGGUGGACGUGCAGAGCCUGGAGAACAUCCUGCUCCUCGUGGGCAUCUCGCUGAUGCUGGCCCAGGUGGAGGACGUCUUGAUGAGUCGGGGGAGGCACGGGGAUGGCCAUGUAGGCUUCAAAGACUUCUUGGCUGUGAUGACAGACACCGAGCGCUUCUGCUCUGUGGAACAGAACUCCCUGAAGGACAUGGCUCCCCUGAACCCCCACACUCUGCUCUUUGAGAUCCUGUCCCUGCUGGUGGAGAUGCUGGCCUUACCUGAGACAGCUUUAGAGGAGAUCACCAAGUAUUACCGUAAGAAAAUGAAGGAAGGCACCGGUAAGGCCUGAGAGAUGGAAUCGCCCACAGGCCGGCUGCGGUCCCAAAAGAAGCUUCCCUACAACCCCCAGGAGGCAGACACCUUGGAAGUCCGACGAAGGAUCCUCAGGAUCCUGAGCAGGCGGAAGCAGCAGAACUGCGCUACCAACCUGCAGAGCCCCUACACCCAGGUACCCUGCAUCCUGCUCUGCCCACGGCUGGACAAGAAGACAGUCUGCCGUUAGAAGGGCAGCCACUACGUGCUGGGUCAGUGCACUCCCGAGAGAGGCCUGGGCCCGGACAUCCAUAGCCUCUUCUUCCCAUCAGGAUCUCAAGGAAGCGGGUGGGAAUACAGCUCUGACAGCCGAAAGUGGCUCAGCUCUGUGCUGACUCGAACCCACUGGCCCUGCAGAGUCCUGACUCUGGGCUGCUGUUCAAGGCUUGCAGACUGA